UUCUGUCAUGAAUACGUACGAUAACUCUAUAACAUGUAUGAGAUCUACGCUGCCGGUGCUGCGGCUGCAUUCACAGUAGACUGUCUUGUCUACCCUCUAGACACCAUCAAGACCAGAUACCAAAGCCAAGACUUUGUCAAGACAUAUGCCUCGACAUCGGGAAGCAAAGCGCCCCUCUUCCGGGGCCUCUACCAAGGCAUCGGGAGCGUGGUGCUAGCCACAUUACCGGCAGCCGGGAUAUUCUUCGCCACGUACGAGAGCAUGAAGCAGACCAUCUCCAACACGGCCUUACUCCCUCAACCGUUUGUCCAUGCCUCGGCCUCGGCCAUCGCAGAGAUGGGCUCAUGCCUAGUCCUCGCACCGGCAGAAGUCAUCAAACAGAAUGCGCAAAUGUUGCGGAAGCAAGACAACAGCAGCAAUACGGCCAGACAAUCAACUUCACUCGAGGCUCUGCGACAAGUCACCAGUUCCGGCGCGCGAAGGCGUCUCUUGUCCGGAUACACGGCCCUCGUGGCACGCAACCUCCCCUUCACCGCGAUUCAAUUCCCCAUCUUUGAGCAUGUGCGCAACACAGCCUGGACCUCGAGGUCGGAAGGGAGGGCAGAGGGCGAAGAGCAGGGCCUCGUAGAGACGGCCGUAGUCACGGGGGCCAGCGCAGGCGCAGCGGGCGCGUUUGCGGCGUUCAUCACUACGCCGAGCGAUGUCGUCAAGACGCGGAUGAUGCUGAGUGCGGGAGAAGCCGGCGAUAAGAGCUACGGUGCUUCGCUUCAACAGGCAGGGGAAUCAGCAAGCCCCAAGACGAAGACGAAGGCGAAGCGCGGCAGCUUGGAGGUGACGAGGGACGUGUAUCGACAGCACGGCGUGCGCGGGUUGUUCCGCGGUGGAGGGCUGCGUGCCGUGUGGACGGCCGUCGGCAGCGGUCUCUACCUGGGCACGUACGAAAUGGCAAAGGUCUGGCUCACUCGGGGCAAGGACGAAUCGGAAGUUGUUGGAGGGCUGUAGAACGGGCGGGAAGAGAAGCAGCAGAAGAUAAAAAAAUAAAUAAAAAAACGUGCAUAUGUGAGAUUAGCAGGGUGCAUUGUUUCGAGAGAUAACAACCGGCGGUGACGGCGGCUGGAGGAAGGUUUGCUGUCAGUACAGUAUCUGUGAGCGUAUCUAUCUUGAUACGUGUAUCUAUAGGAAUGGGUUUCCGUUAUCAGGAUCAAGGGGCGGUGAUGAAAUGAGAUGGAGGGGCCGUUCCGAAAGUUACAUCGUGUGAGGUCGUCUGGUUGCUGUUGAUGGUCGAAAGAGACUGAGAAAUUGGAAGCGAGUGAGGAAGCGUCUCCGAAACACGGGCUGGACAUUGACACCACCUUCACCUCAAGUUGCCGCAUUGUUGGGGUGGAUAUUUGCCCGCCGGUGCGUUGAUCGUUGAUGCCGGGGUACGCCGGCCUGUCGAUGUAAAAAAGCUGUCGGCCAAUAGUU